AUGCCUCGCAGCCGCGGCAAGAACGGCAGCGCCCUCCCCGAGGCGGCCCUGGAGCCGGGGCUGAAGGAGAUGAAGGAGACGUGGAGAGGCGCGGCGGCGUGUGUGGGGGUCGCGCUGCUGUUCCUGAUGACCAGCGCGGUGCUGUACUGGCAGUUGGCCGAGCAGCCGGGCCGGCGGGGGCAGCCGGGGGAGGUGGCCGCCAGGCGCUGGCUGCUCCGCGGCGGCUCCAGCGGCCUGAGCUGGCGGCCCGGCUCCCACUCACUGUGGCUCCAGGCGCUGGAGGGGCGGCUGGUGGCUGAGCUGGAGCUGGGGGUCGGGGGCCCCUCCCCCCCCAUGGCCAGGGACCUGUGCGCCUCCAACAGGAGCCGCUUCUGCUCCCACUGGGAAGGCGCUGAGCUCCACAUCUCCUCCCACCUCCGCUCCGCGGCCAACACGGACUGUUACCGUGUGGCCUGGACACCGCGACACUGCCGGGCGCGCAUUCAGGAUUGCUUCUCCAUGGUGAAUGUCUCGUGGUUUGGGGGAGCGAGCCUGCGCUCCCAGCACUGGCCCAUCAACCGUGCCAGCGCCUCGUCCCAGCCCUUCCUGAUCAGCGACCUGCAGGAGCAGCCCAGUGGGUUUGGGUCAGUGCUGGAGGGGUAUUUCCUGGGAUCGACAGGUGUGGCAGUCCUGCUGGACGGUGACUUGCCACUACAUCUGUUGAUUGAGCGGGAGAAACGCUUCUGCCUGGAGCCCCGGCCCGACGUGGCACUGAGUGCCCUGCGUUACACCGUGUGUGUCAGUCACAACAUCCGUUCUGUUCACCAGGACGUAGGCUCACUGCUGGCCAGGGCGCCAGCCACAGCCCCCCACACAGCGCUGCUGGGACGCCCUGUGUGGCGAUGGCCGCCAGCCACAGACAGCACCGAUGAACUGAAGCGAGAUCUGAGAUCGUUUAUCAAUAAACUGAAGAAGCACAAGAUGCCUGAGGGUGUGCUGGAGCUCAGCGAGAGCGCGACACUGCGCUCAGCACAGGAGCUGUCUCGGCAGUGGCGCCGGAGGAAGGGGACAUUGCUGUGGCAGGGCCUGGGUGUGGCCAUCACUGUUUCUCUGUACAGCAGCAUUGACUCAGCUCAGUUCUUAUCCUCGCUGCGGGAGGGACUCGAGGGGCUCUGGCUCUCUGUCUGCUCCCCGGCCCCCGGCACCGCAGCUCCGGUGCUGAUGAAGAGGAAGGGGAAGCUGGUGGUGAAGCUGAACGUCAGUAACCCGGCGGCUGUCAGCUGGUACCUGGGUACCGUGCGUAGCUUACAGCGGAGGCUGGGGGCUGCCUACACAGUGCUGGAGGGGGGGGAGAGCAGUGGCUACAGCCCAGGAGCCCAGCACUGCCCCCACAGCCCUGCCCACAGCCCAGCACUCAGCACCAUUGCCGCUGCCAUUGGAUCCAUGAACAGCGUCACCGCAGCCACAAGGUAGUAAUAAUAAUAAUCCUUGUAUUUGUCAUAGCCUGAUCUCAAAGUGUUUCCCAGAAUGUACUGUAAAGUGGAUUGACUGUAUAUUUUGUGGGUGAAACGUACAGCACUGCCCUGCACAGCCCGGGACAACACAGGGCAGAACAGCAGAGUACGGUAUGACACAGCACAGUAUGACCAGUACAGCAGAGAUGCACUGCAGGGCAGCAAUCCCCUGAGAGUGUGGCACUCCCAAACAAGUUCUCUGUAUUGAAUACUGGUGAGGGUGAUGACACCUCUGUGGGGAGGGGAGUCAAAAGCAAACCAAUGCACAAGGGGACACAGGGAAGAGUGUUACUGCCAUUGUCAUUGGGGACACAACAGUCAAAGGGAUAAACAGACGUUUCUGCAA